AGAAGGGAAAAAUUCCAGGCAGCGCAGUGCGCACGCCCUGCGGCAAAUACACGAAUCCCCGAGCCGGGGGCGAGAAAACCGCAAAAGGAGAUUCUCCUCGCCCCUUCCACUAGACUACUGGAGUACCCGACGGCCCGAGGCGGCGAGCUCGUCGGCGACUGACCGCCGCCGGAGCAGCCGCCGCCUCCCGCUGGUUCCUGUACCACAGCCUCGCAGGAGCGCCUCCGUUCGCUACGCCACCCGCCACUGUGCUGUCGGAAGGCAGCUCGGACUACUCGCGCCGCCUCGGCUUCUCCGCGCUCGCCGCCCCUCCGCCGGCGUGAUCAAGGAUGGAGCUACAUCGUGAACCUCCUGAAGCUAUUCUGAAUGCCAUAAAAUUUGAUCUCAUGACGAGUACGGAUAUGGAAAAAUUGAGCAGCAUGAGCAUAAUCGAAGUGAGUGAUGUCACUAGUCCGAAGCUAGGAUUACCAAAUGGUUCCCUGCAGUGUGAGACUUGUGGAUCACAACGUGGACGCGACUGUGAUGGGCAUUUUGGUGUGACUAAACUGGCGGCAACAGUACACAAUCCAUACUUCAUCGAUGACGUUGUUCACUUUCUAAACCGAAUAUGUCCUGGCUGUCUCAGCCCAAGGGAAGGCAUAGAUACAAAGAUUAUCUGGCCAUUUUGUCAGGAGCUCUCUUUGUUCAUCUGAUGAACUAAAGUAACGCUUGAGAGUCCUUGACUGCUAAAACAAAUUUCAGUAUUACUACAUGUUAUUGUGCUAUACAUUGAUGAGUUUGUUUGCUGCAUGUUACCUUACCUCAUAUAAUCCUUUACUUAUUUAUUUCAGUAGGUAUUGAUACACACGAAAACAGUAUAAUGCUUUUUGAAGAAAAUUGUGUAUAUUAGUUUGAUUCUUACUAGCUUAGUGAGCUAUUAUUCUCUUUGUUGUUUCUUAUGUUAGUCAUCUUGUCCUGAAAUUAAAUAUAAUAUUGUAGUCGUGGUUGCAUCAAAGUUUAAUUCACAAGCCAUUUAUAUAGUUUGUGAGUUGAACUAGUUAAUCAUGCAGUCGAAUUAACUCUAACUGAUUUUUUUUAAAUAGAGCUUAGGCAUGGUAAAUUUACAUAAUUGCCUAGUUCACUUAUGGACUAAGUGAUGUUGUUCAACUGUUUACAAGUGAUUUUAAGUGUUAUAUCCAAUUUGUAACAUAUGGAAGCACAUGGCUAACAGUAGCGUCCUGGCUCAGUUUACUUUUGUUUUGGUAGGUAAUGGUGUGUUUAUUCCCACAGUUUGCUCUUCAUGUUUUGCCUAUUUUUUGUAUGUGGUAUAGUAGGGUACUUUUUUUCCCCUUCAUUGUAUAUGUUUAGUUUUCCUCUUGUGUAACCCUGCUUCUGGUAUUCCAAGGGUUGCUCCUUUAGGGAAAGUAGUGACAAACUAGUGUUUAUCCAUGAUAUUAUGCCUACUGCAUUUUCUUAUCAUGGUUUUAUCGAUUCCUAAAACUAGUAGAGGUGCUCUUGUUACGACACUAAUGUUUACACAUCCAUAAUGAGUAAAUGACCCAAUGGUCCACUGUUAAGUAAAAACCACACCUUUCUCUUAUAAAUCACUCUUUGCUUUAUUGAUUGAAGAGAUUGGAGAGAGAAAAGGUUCAAGCAACAUGCAAGUAUUGUUCGAAGGAUGGCUCUAAACUUUACCCUAGCAUAGUCUUUAAGACACUGUCAAGUCCAAGAGUAUUAUUAUUCAAGAGUAAACUUCACAGAAACGCCAGCGUGAUGGAAAGAAUUUCGAUUGUUGCAGAAGCUGCUGACAGAAUGCCUAAUAGAUCAAAGGGUAAAGGUUCGCUUGAAGGCCUGCCCCUGGAUUUUUGGGAUUUUGUACCUUCUGAGAAUAAACAAGUCCAGUCAAAUAUGACCAAGAUAAUAUUGUCGCCCUACCAAGUCUUCUACAUGUUGAAGAAAAGUGACCCUGAACUUAUCAAACAAUUUGUUUCAAGGCGGGAGCUAUUGUUUCUAUCAUGUUUACCAGUAACUCCUAAUUGCCAUCGUGUUGUAGAAAUUGGAUAUGGGCUUCCAGAUGGACGCCUAACAUUUGAUGACAGAACAAAGGCUUACAAGAGGAUGGUUGAUGUCAGUAGGAGAAUUGAUGACUACCGCCAGCAUCCACAUUUCAGUGUUCUUGCAAGUUCACUUGUCUCAAGCCGGGUUUCAGAAUGCCUAAAGUCAUCCAAGUUGUACUCUAAAAAGGCAGAUGGAGAGACAUCCACAGAUACAUAUGGAAUGAAAUGGCUAAAGGAUGUUGUUCUCAGCAAAAGAUCAGAUAAUGUUUUUAGGAGUAUUAUGGUUGGAGACCCAAAAAUUAAGUUAUGGGAAAUUGGCAUUCCUGAAGAUUUAUCCUCAAGCCUGGUUGUUUCUGAGCACGUCAGUUCUUAUAAUUUUCAAAGUACAAAUCUGAAGUGCAACCUGCACCUUCUAGCCAAGCAAGAACUAUUUAUUCGGCGAAAUGGAAAGCUAAUGUUUCUUCGGAAGGCAGACCAGCUAGAAAUAGGUGACAUUGCCUAUAGACCAUUGCAGGAUGGUGAUAUUAUUCUCAUCAACAGGCCUCCUUCAGUUCAUCAACAUUCAUUGAUUGCAUUAUCUGCAAAAAUUCUACCAAUUCACUCUGUCGUAUCAAUCAAUCCACUAUGCUGUACACCUUUUGCAGGAGAUUUUGAUGGUGAUUGUUUGCAUGGAUAUAUCCCACAAUCUAUACGCUCAAGGGUUGAACUUGAAGAGCUGGUAAGCUUACACAACCAGCUGUUGAAUAUGCAAGACGGUCGAAAUUUGGUGUCACUAACACAUGACUCUCUAGCUGCUGCACAUUUGUUAACAAGUACAGAUGUUUUUCUGAAGAAAUCUGAAUUACAGCAGCUUCAAAUGCUAUGCCUUUCAGUAUCAACACCAGCACCCGCAGUUAUUAAAUCUAUGAAUUUUCAAGGUUCUCUGUGGACUGGUAAACAACUUUUCAGCAUGCUUCUUCCUUCAGGCAUGAAUUUCAGUUGCGAUACGGAGUUACAUAUCAUGGACAGUGAGGUGCUUACCUGCUCACUGGGUUCUUCUUGGCUACAAAAUAACACAUCUGGUCUUUUCUCUGUCAUGUUCAAACAGUAUGGUUGCAAGGCACUUGACUUCCUUUCUUCAGCACAAGAAGUACUAUGUGAGUUCUUAACCAUGAGGGGUUUAAGUGUCUCUCUUUCAGAUCUCUACAUGUUCUCAGACCAUUACUCAAGGAGAAAACUAGCUGAGGGAGUUAAGUUGGCACUGUAUGAAGCUGAAGAAGCUUUUCGAGUCAAGAAAAUAUUGUUAGAUCCAAUUAACAUACCAGUUCUGAAGUGUCACGAUGAAACUGAAGAUGUAACUUACAGACAAUCUGAUUGUAUCCAGAGCAAUCCAUCAGUUAUCAGAUCUUCAAUCAUGGCAUUUAAAGACGUCUUCCGUGAUCUCUUAAAAAUGGUGCAACAACAUGUUAGUAAUGAUAACUCAAUGAUGGUGAUGAUAAAUGCAGGAAGCAAGGGUAGCAUGUUGAAAUAUGCUCAACAAACUGCAUGUAUUGGUCUUCAACUUCCAGCUAGCAAAUUUCCCUUCAGAAUUCCUUCCCAACUCUCAUGUAUUAGCUGGAAUGGACAGAAAUCGUUGAACUAUGAAGCUGAGAGUACUAGUGAACGUGUGGGAGGUCAAAACCUUUAUGCUGUGAUAAAGAAUUCCUUCAUUGAGGGUUUGAAUCCAUUGGAAUGUCUUCUGCACGCUAUAUCUGGCAGGGCAAACUUCUUUAGUGAAAAUGCUGAUGUACCAGGGACAUUGACAAGAAAAUUAAUGUAUCACUUGAGAGAUAUACAUGUUGCCUAUGAUGGAACUGUUAGAAGUUCUUAUGGGCAGCAAAUAGUGCAAUUCUCUUAUGAUAGUGUUGAUGACCUAGUAGAUAAACUCGGCGCCCCGGUUGGAUGUCGGGCUGCUUGUUCCAUUUCAGAAGCUGCAUAUGGAGCUUUGGAACACCCGGUCAAUGGUUUAGAGGACUCCCCUCUCAUGAAUCUACAAGAAGUAUUUAAGUGUCACAAGGCUACAAAUUCAGGGGAUCAUAUUGGUUUGCUUUUCCUGUCAAGGCAUUUGAAGAAGUACAGAUACGGUCUGGAAUAUGCAUCCCUAGAAGUUAAAAACCAUCUUGAGCGAGUGAACUUCUCUGAUUUGGUUGAAACCAUCAUGAUUAUAUACGAUGGACAUGACAAAAUAAGAAACGAAGGAAUGUGGACCACCCAUUUUCAUAUAAACAAGGCAAUGAUGAAGAAAAAAAGAUUAGGAUUGAGAUUUGUUGUAGAUGAACUUGCAAAAGAGUAUGACACCACCAGAGAUCAGCUAAACAACGCAAUCCCAUCAAUUCGUAUCUCAAGGAGAAAAUGUUUAGUAGGUGACGAGGGUGUUAAAAGUUCAUCAUGCUGUAUCGCUGUCGUAGCACAUGCUGAACGCAACUCCAUCUCUCAGUUGGACACUAUCAAGACAAGGGUGAUUCCAAGCAUACUGGAUACACUGCUGAAAGGUUUUUUGGAAUUUAAGGAUGUUGAGAUCCAGUGUCCACAUGAUGGUGAACUUCUUGUUAAAGUUUGUAUGUCUGAGCAUUGUAAAGGGGGGAGGUUCUGGCCUACUCUACAAAAUGCUUGCAUUCCAGUAAUGGAGUUGAUUGACUGGGAGCUGAGUCAACCAAGCAAUGUAUCUGAUAUUUUCUGUUCAUAUGGCAUAGACUCAGCAUGGAAAUACUUUGUUGAAUCCUUGAAAUCAGCGACUACUGAUACUGGGAGGAACAUUCGCCGGGAGCACUUGCUGGUUAUUGCAGAUAGCUUGUCUGUAACUGGGCAGUUCCAUGCAUUAAGCAGUCAAGGUUUAAAGCAGCAGCGCACUCGGUUAUCGAUCUCGUCUCCAUUUUCUGAAGCAUGUUUUUCUAGGCCUGCACAAAGUUUUAUAAAUGCUGCAAAGCAAUGUUCAGUGGACAAUCUGUGUGGAAGUCUCGAUGCAGUUGCUUGGGGCAAAGAGCCUUUCAAUGGGACGUCAGGGCCUUUUGAAAUUAUGCACUCGGGAAAGCCACAUGAACCAGAACAAAAUGAGAGCAUCUAUGAUUUCCUAUGCAGCUCUAAAGUUCGGAAUUUUGAAAAGAAUCAUUUGGAUACCCGUAGACAAAGUACUGAAAAUGCUUCGAUAUGUAGAUUAGCAUGCAAGUCUUCUAAAGGCAGUACGACCGUCAAUGGUGUUGCUAUAACUAUCGACCAGGACUUUCUUCAUGCUAAAGUCAGUAUAUGGGAUAACAUUAUCGAUAUGCGUACUUCCUUACAAAACAUGCUAAGAGAGUACCCGUUAAAUGGAUAUGUGGCGGAGCCAGAUAAAUCACAGUUAAUCGAGGCCCUGAAAUUUCAUUCCAGAGGUGCUGAAAAGAUCGGUGUGGGAGUAAGAGAAAUUAAGAUCGGGUUGAAUCCUAGUCACCCAGGUACAAGGUGCUUCAUUUUGCUGAGAAACGAUGAUACCACUGAAGACUUUUCUUACCACAAGUGUGUUCAGGGUGCUGCAGACUCUAUCUCACCCCAGCUCGGAAGUUAUUUGAAGAAACUAUAUUACAGAGCAUAAGCUUAUGCAACACUCCCACUAGUUCAUUUUUUUAACUAAAACGUGGCAAAUAAAAAAGAACGGAUGGAGUAGGAUUUUGGAAAGUGUUCCUGGCAACAUCUUGUUCUGAUCAGACCAUAUUACCAAUUUCUGAUAAGGAAACUACGUGUCGCAUUUUAAGGAUGAGGUGAAAACUGAAAGGGUCUGGCGCUCAGAACUCAGAAGGUCUUCUGGACUGGAGGUGUAUGUCAACUCAACUCAAUGGGACUAUGUAAGGUGGGCCUGAGUCAUGACUGCGGUUUCAUGCCUGCAAUUCUCUAGUCAGUAGUAUAAAUACUAGUCUGCGUGUUUUCUAAUAUGAAGAUCCAUCUAUUUUAUUACUUAACCAUAGCGUAGAUGAUUGGUAACAGAUAGAUACAUUUUAUUUACUGAUUAAAAUGCAGCAGCGACUCCCCGAACUUAAAACAGGUAAACGGGUGUGGAAACUUAGUGGCUCAUUCAAAACUGUCUAAAAUCGGGUUUGCUCAAACAAAGUGUCGA